UCAUAUUAUCAGUGUGUAAUCUCGUCUCUUGGGAGCAGUGGGAACUUGACAGACUGUAGUUUUGGAGAUAUGCACUCAUCAGUUCUGGUACUUGUCUGGUAGGAUUACGAACACAAUGCCAAACACACUGACAAUCAUUUUGGCAACGCAUGUGUUGUACAUCUCCGGGUCUGUGUCCGCUGCAGCCUUGAUUGACCACGACCCGUCCCAUAAUUCCUUUCGGGUCAGGUCUGGGGAGCAGCUGCCUGGCUUCAAGUACAUCUACCUGGCUGAAGAUGGUCACAUCAGCAGCACUUUCAACCACUCCAUCGUACAGCUGGAGAUUGCCGGGUCACCGCUGUGUAGCGAGUUGGCCUUGAGAGUCGCAGCAGACGACCUAAUCAAAAUGACUCAGCAUAUGCCGCGGCACAUCUUCGAGAACGUGGCGUCCAAGUCUACCGUCGGGAUCUUUUCCGCGCAGGAGAAGAUAAUCGUCUUCCCGGAGUAUGCUCACUUUGCCAACGGUGAUUGUGGUUCUUCGUGUCUAGGUCCUUGUUCUCAUACAUGCUCGAGUGACGGCAGAAAGUACGAGACCAUAGCAGGGCUCGGGGGCAAGAGGGCGGCUAUCCUGGAGGAUAACGUGCUGUGCACUUCACGAGACCCCUACUACCACUACCUGAGCGUGCUAGUCCACGAGUUCACCCACACUAUACACGCCUAUGGCCUGGAGCCUGCCACCCGCCACAACAUCACCGUGGCCUACCAUCAUGCCUUGCAAUCCCACAUCUGGGCGACGGGCUCUUACGCCAUGUCCAAUGAAAGGGAGUACCUGGCUGUCGCCACCACCGUCUUCUUCGGCGUCAACCGGAACGGGUCUCAGAACUCUGGGGGGAUGAACACUUGCGGGGGCGCCCUGUGCCAUACGGAGCAGGACGGAAGGCGCCACCUGCAGGAAAAGGACACGAUGCUAUUUGAUAUCCUAUCGUACGUCUUUACUGACAAUAACGCAGACGUGACCAGUCAAUUAACGACGUGUCCAGCCGUAGGUUUUGACCCGUCUAUUGUUGGAUAGCAGGACAAGGAAUGCAUAGGAAGCAACACCAAAACAAGAACGACAUUGACCCUCAGAAAUAUGAAGUCGUAAACAGUAAACAUUAAGGCCUACCAUAUGGUAAUUAAAAAAAAAAGAAUGUUUGAAAGUUAACUGGAGGAAAGAGAAAUAGAUUUAAUUAAAAGGAUUACGACAUUAAUUUGGUAUUACUUUUUUAUAUUACGACUUACUAGUUUAAAUGUUAAUUCCAGUUAAAUAAAA